AGGAAACACCCGAACAUGUGGAAUCCCAAUGCCGGGCAUCAAGGGCCAUAUCCACACCCGCCUAAUGUCGGGUACCCUGGAGGUUGCAAUCCUGCCCAUCCACCACCGGCCAACCCUGUCUGUCCUCCAGGCCCCUUUCCGACUCCCCCAGGAGCACCCCAGGGGAAUCCAGCCUUUCCCCCUUGUGGGCCCUGUUAUCCUGUGCCACAACCAGGGUAUCCAGGAUGCCAGCCCUCAGGUCCCUACCCCCCUCCAUACCCACCACCUGCCCCUGGCAUGCGUCCUGUAAAUCCAUUGACUCCUGGCAUGGUAGGACCAGGAAUAGUGAUUGACAAGAAGAUGCAGAAGAAAAUGAAGAAAGCUCAUAAAAAGAAGCAGAAACACCACAAGCAUGGCAAGCAUUCCUCCUCCUCCUCCUCCUCCUCCUCUUCCAGCAGUGACUCUGAUUGAAUACAGGGCCUGGACCCUUCCCUCAAGUCUCUCCAGUUCUGCUCUCCCAUCAAGCUUCAGAUGCCAUCUUGUACUGGGGGAAAUAUAGCCCCCGUGUCCCUCUCCCGCCGCCACCCCUGCAAUCUAAGCCUCACUCUGCUGAUAAACCCUAACUGGCUAGGGAAAAUGAGAAAAGAAUUGCCAUCAGCUAACAAAGGCCAUCUUUUCACUGCUUGGAUAGAACUUUUAGCUGAUGGGUUUUGCAGGAGAACUAUUUUUUGAAGAUGGAGAUUUGAACUAAAUGCUGAAGACAAGUCUAAGAUCUGUAACAUGUGAUUUUUUACUUUGUUUUUUAAUACUUAUGAUUGGGGAGAUGCUGUGGAAAUUUAGUUAUGGAAAGAAAAAAGUGACCUGUACCUUUCUUGUAAUUGUGGCACGCUUGGGUGAUUUAGUGACAAAUAAACAUUUCCCAGCAGGCCUUUUAUUGAUUGCACUCCCUGCAAGGCUGCUGGGAAAUGGAGUCCAUUUGGUUGAUGAGCUCUGACUGCCAUUUUGGAAACUAAUCUCUGCUCCUUAGCUUAGUAUGCUAUCUCAGGUCUUCCUCUCACUCUCCAACUCUCAAAAUAAAGCUGUUUCU